AUGUUCAACUUCAUCAAGCACCUUUACCUAACGUUACUCGUGAGCGAGCAGGCUCUCUUCACUCUGCUAACUUUGCCACAAAAUGGCCAAAAAUAUGUUUUUGAACUGCCCGAUUUGAACUUGCCUCCCCCAGAUGAAAGCCCCCUCCACUCCCUAUAUUCCUUGCCGCCAACCCGAAAUUUGCAUGCCGAUGAGUCCGAUUCUGUCUUGCGGAGGAAACAAGCAAUAUUGCAUCGCGAUGACACCCCGCACUAUUCAUCAUCAAUCAUUCAUCACUCAGCCGGUUCUCUCAAGCGCAAAACCAACAAUCUAGAUACCAAACUUUCAGCAAAUCACGUCGCGCGCAUGGUGGUGAAGAGACGGAAGGCUAUUCCCAAUGACCAAGUAGAAGACAAACCUCGCGAUAAUGGGGAAAUCGUCGACCAAGAUUCCACUUCAAAUCCCUCCGCAGCUCUCGACAUACAUCAUACAUCAACUAAAAACUUGAAAAAUAAACUCAGUCCUCAAAAUACGCACAAUCUUCCUCUAGGAUCAAGGCGAGAUGCACACGAAAUUCCAAAUCUCAAUGACUGGAAUUUCCUCAAAAAAGACGCACGCAAGAGCAGAAACAAUAUUCCGGAGGACCAGAAAAAAACUAGGACUGAUUGGAUGUUUGACUUCAUUGAAAAAUUGAAUAGCCAGGAAGGGUAUAGUCAAAAGGAUAAAAUACUUAGUACGAUCGCAUGCAAGAAAGCAGCUUUGAUUCUGAAGAUGUAUGACAAAUGCAAGGAAAAGUUUCCUUAUCCAUCCGGAAUGCACAGAAAUGGUAGACAAGCAGUCGUGUUAAAGAACAUACUUUGGAUUUCAAGGGAAAAACUUGAGCUUGGAAGAUUCAGAGACGGCUUUGAAAAAAAUUUACUCGCAUUGGUAACCGGUCUGCAAUCCAGAAAGCGAAAUUCCUCAAAAGAAAUCCUACGAUUUGAUUCCAAAACCUCGCUGAUAUUGGAAUAUGUAUCAAAGAUAAACAUAAUUACUACAAGCUUGGCCGUGCUCUAUCUUGCGUUAUUUCAGGAACAUGGCGAAGGAGGGCUGACAAAGGAAUUCGUACAAGCUGUAUUAGAUUUUCUGAAGGAUUUCUGGACCAAGAUUGACAAAGGCGACAACGCGGAUCUUCAAAAAAGAAUUUUCGCUCAGCACUUGCAUCGUCUGUUGAGUUUGGAGGAGGAGGAUCUUGAUCUCGGCCACAAGAACAUGCCGCAAUGUAUCAUGGCAGUUUCUUGGAAUAUUAUUGAGUAUUGGUCAGAAAUAAAAUAUCCCAAGUUGGAAGUUUCAGGCAGGAAGGACUAUCGGGUGUCAAUGACUGAAAUAAUCAACAAGAUCAUUUUUUUCUCUGAUUAUGAGUUGUAA